AUGAUUGCAGUACACCACCACCCCACUGGACUGCUUAAGACAGCUAAAAGUGUUGGAUUUCAAUAUCACGGUAUCACUUUAGCGUUCCGAUAUACUUCUGAAGCAUCUUGUGCAUUUGCUAGUGUUCAACAUCUAGUUAGAGAGGUAGCAGCAGGAUGGGAAUUUAGGAUGUUGCAUGCAACAACUGCUUCUUUCGUCUUCUUGUGUAUCUUAAUACACAUGUCUCGAGGUAUGUAUAACUCCAGCUAUAGUUAUUUAACUACUGCUUGGAUGUCUGGUUUAGUUUUAUAUCUACUUACUAUAGCCACUGCUUUCCUCGGUUAUGUACUACCAUGGGGACAGAUGAGUUUCUGGGGUGCUACAGUCAUUACUAAUCUCCUUUCUCCAAUACCAUAUUUAGUACCUUGGUUACUCGGUGGAUACUAUGUAUCUGAUGUAACAUUAAAACGAUUCUUUGUAUUGCACUUUAUAUUACCUUUUGUAGGUUGCAUUCUAAUUGUAUUACACAUCUUCUAUUUACAUUUAAAUGGUUCUAGUAACCCUGCAGGUAUUGAUUCCGCACUUAAAGUAGCCUUCUAUCCUCAUAUGUUAAUGACCGAUGCUAAAUGUCUAUCCUAUCUAAUUGGUUUAAUUUUCUUACAAACGGCUUUUGGUUUGAUUGAAUUAUCGCACCCAGAUAACUCCAUACCAGUGAACCGGUUUGUAACUCCGCUUCAUAUCGUACCUGAAUGGUACUUUUUAGCAUAUUAUGCGGUGUUAAAAGUAAUCCCAUCCAAAACCGGUGGUUUGUUAGUAUUUAUGUCCUCUCUCAUUAACUUAGCUCUUUUAUCUGAAAUUCGAGCUUUGAAUACUCGAAUGUUGAUACGACAACAUUUUAUGACUCGAAAUGUAGUCAGUGGAUGGGUAAUUAUUUGGGUAUACAGUAUGAUCUUCUUGAUUAUUAUUGGUAGUGCUAUUCCACAAGCGACUUAUAUCUUAUAUGGUAUCACUUUAGCGUUCCGAUAUACUUCUGAAGCAUCUUGUGCAUUUGCUAGUGUUCAACAUCUAGUUAGAGAGGUAGCAGCAGGAUGGGAAUUUAGGAUGUUGCAUGCAACAACUGCUUCUUUCGUCUUCUUGUGUAUCUUAAUACACAUGUCUCGAGGUAUGUAUAACUCCAGCUAUAGUUAUUUAACUACUGCUUGGAUGUCUGGUUUAGUUUUAUAUCUACUUACUAUAGCCACUGCUUUCCUCGGUUAUGUACUACCAUGGGGACAGAUGAGUUUCUGGGGUGCUACAGUCAUUACUAAUCUCCUUUCUCCAAUACCAUAUUUAGUACCUUGGUUACUCGGUGGAUACUAUGUAUCUGAUGUAACAUUAAAACGAUUCUUUGUAUUGCACUUUAUAUUACCUUUUGUAGGUUGCAUUCUAAUUGUAUUACACAUCUUCUAUUUACAUUUAAAUGGUUCUAGUAACCCUGCAGGUAUUGAUUCCGCACUUAAAGUAGCCUUCUAUCCUCAUAUGUUAAUGACCGAUGCUAAAUGUCUAUCCUAUCUAAUUGGUUUAAUUUUCUUACAAACGGCUUUUGGUUUGAUUGAAUUAUCGCACCCAGAUAACUCCAUACCAGUGAACCGGUUUGUAACUCCGCUUCAUAUCGUACCUGAAUGGUACUUUUUAGCAUAUUAUGCGGUGUUAAAAGUAAUCCCAUCCAAAACCGGUGGUUUGUUAGUAUUUAUGUUAUCAACAUGUCAAUGA